UGCUGCUGCUGCGAUGCUGUGUACGAACGACCCUUUGCGUACACAAUAACGUGCAAUACAUCUCCGGUCUUGAUAUAUCUAUUCAUAGAUAUAUUCCAGACAAAAGCGACAGCCUGAUGCUUCUGUGCCUUAUGCUUCGGUGGACAUAUCUAAGCUGCGUCAUGUAUUUGUGUGCAGCUCAAGUGAUCACGUGGGGUACUGAGAGGUAUUCAUCCACCACCGCCCGCCUGGCCCUCUCUCUCCUCCGUCUCCGAUACGAAACGAGAACCGAAAGAGUUCCGCCGUCGGCGGUGGGUUGCAAAAGGAGCCUUGCAGGAAAGAGAUUCACGUCAAAGGAGAGUUCCGCCGCGGUAGCCGUGUUAGGUCCGCCUCCGCCCGCCGUCGGAAGCGUCGGAACUCGAGUGCGGGGUGUUGGUGACGUGUGCGAGAGUACGAUCGGAUACCCCUCCGGGGGGCAAGGUUCAAUUGCACACGACGGGUACGUGAUCAUCUGGAGUGGCGCCCGUGCUGGCACCAAGGACAGGAGGGGCACACACGGUGUGGGCAUAGCGAUCAAGGAGGCCAUGUGGGAGAGUGUGGGCGAGGAAGCUUUCGUGGUGAGGUACGCCCCCACGGAAACUGUCCGCACCACCGCGGGCGGUGAUGUUAACGCCAAGGACUCCUUCUGGACUGCUCUCGACGCAGCGAUCCGGGAGGUUCACAGCCGUGACCAUCUCGUGGUGCUAAUGGACGCCAACGCACGUACUGGUAGGAGGCGAGACGGGUGCUGCGAUGCCAAGAUUAUGGGCGCGUACGGACGCGACAUUAUGAACUGCAACGGGGAACGACUCCUUGGACUGGCAUCAGACAACCAACUCUCCCUGACCAACACCUACUUCCGAACAUCGAAAGGUGGAGUGCAGCACACAUUCCAGAGCUCCAACAAGGGAAAGGAGAAGUACCGCCUCGACUUCAUCCUCAUGCGUCAGACGGACCGGCGUUUCGUGCGCAAUGUCUCCGUCAAACGUGUCGACUUCAAGGACUCUGACCACAACCUCGUCGGAAGCAGCCGGAUCCGUAUCGACCUCGAGCGGUUGAGGAAGGACAAACACUUGCGGGUCGCCUUCCAAAACAGGGCCUCCUGCCGCCCUCCGCCCACGGCGCUCAGGCGGCCAACGGGAGAGACCGCCGCCGAGCUGACGGCUACGGUGAUGUCGGCCGCUGCUGAGACCGCGCCGCUGGCGAGGUGCGCACGAGGGCAGAGAGGCUGGUACACGAGCGAAGCGCAGCACGAGAUCCCCGAAGCGUCUAAGGAACUGCGUGGGGCCUCAAAGAUUAGCGCCUUCGAGGCGACCCUGAAGGCCAUGCUCAAGGCGGCGCGGGAGAAGCGCAGCAUCGCGAGGUGGAGAGCACUGGUAACGUUCUUCGAGGGCUAUGUACCGCAGCUCGAGAAGAAGAGCCGCGAGGGGUGUUAG